UCUUGUGAAACCUUUGAGACACAUCUUGGUAAAGCCUAUAGAAUAAGAUGGUUAAAGUUGUUUUUAUUCAUCCAGAUCUUGGUAUAGGAGGAGCUGAGAGGUUUGUUGUUGAUGCUGCUCUGGCUUUGAAAUCCCAUGGCCACGAUAUACACUUCGUUACAGCCCACCACGAUAAGGAACAUUGUUUCAAAGAGACCAAAGAUGGCACCCUCAAAGUUACUGCAGUUGGCGACUGGCUUCCUAGACAAACCUUUGGUCAUUUYUACGCAUUUUGGGCUUACUUUAGAAUGAUUUAUGCAUCUAUAUAUYUUGUUUUCUUCUCUGGUUUGAAGCCCCAUGUCAUUAUGUGUGAUCAGAUCUCUGCAUGUAUACCUGUUUUAAAGUUGUGUUCAGCCAAAGUUCUGUUUUAYUGUCAUUUUCCUGAUUUACUGCUUACUCAACGAAAGAGUUUCCUUAAAAAGUUAUAUCGUUGGCCGUUGGACUGGCUUGAGGAGGUAACCACAGGAAUGGCUGAUGUUUUGCUAGUAAACAGUAAAUUCACAGCUGAAACAUUCAAAAAGACRUUUACCACACUUCAAAGCAAUGAACCAUCUGUGCUGUACCCAUCCAUUAACUUUAAAUCWUUUCAUAUCCCUUUUGAUGAGGAUGAUAUCAAAGAACUGAUUCCUCCAAAAGCAAAAACCAUCUUUCUCUCUAUAAAUCGUUAUGAGAGAAAGAAAAACCUUCCUUUGGCACUAGAAGCCAUGGAUUGGCUUAAAAAUAAGCUGUCUGAGGARGAAUGGAAGCAUACUCAUCUUGUCAUUGCAGGAGGAUAUGAUGAAAGAGUKGUGGAAAAUAAGCAGCAUUAUCUGGAACUACAAGCUCUCUCGUCCAAAUAUCAGCUAACAAAYCAYGUCACUUUCAUAAGGUCCUUCUCAGACAGUCAAAAACUUGCCCUGCUAAAAUGUUGUAGCUGUCUUCUCUAUACGCCUAGUAAUGAACAUUUUGGCUURGUACCUAUYGARGCAAUGUAUGGAGAAAGGCCUGUGAUAGCGGUGAACAGCGGUGGUCCAUUAGAGACUGUUAAACAUGGGGAAACUGGAUUCCUGUGUAAUCCUGAUGCAGAAUCAUUUGCUUUGUCAAUGGARAAGUUUGUAAAGGAUGAAAAUCUAAGUGAAAAACUUGGAAAGGCAGGACGACCACAUGUCAUGAGCAAGUUUUCAUUUAACGUGUUUGCACAACAGCUUCAUGCUCUAGUAGAAGAUCCCAGUAGACCCUCCCAAAAAUGGUUAGUAAUUUUUAAAGUAGUCAUCAUUUUAUUAAUUGUUCCUGCCAUUUGUAUUUAUCUUAAAAAAGUAUUAAUAAGAUAAUAGAAACCUAGUUUUGUAAUUCAAAAUAACAGGAGCCRUUUUUGUUAAAGAUGGAAAUAUGUGAGUUUGUGCCUUCUUUGCAGUAGGAAUUUGAAUUGUCUCUUUAGUGAUUGGAUGAUGCAAAAAAAUUGGAGGAAAUUGCUUCUCAAACAGAAAUGGCUCCAAGGAUAAAGCUAAAAAGAUAAGUAAAAUAUACUCUAGAAAAUGUAUGAAAGUAACUAGAUAUAUUUAAAACUAAUGGUCUUUGAUGUCAUUAUAACUAGCUUAUUAAAGACAUAUUCUGUGAAGUCAACUCAGAUAGCAAUCAAAUACUAGUCUGAAAAAAUAAAAUCUUUGUUAUUAAAAUUCCUUAUUCUGAUGCUUAAUUGUAAUAAAUAAAGAAAAAAWUGUGUAGUA